AUGCCGGCCCGCUUGCGUCUUGCAGAUCCUGCCGAACUGCGCAGAGCCAGUGUGCUGAAAGCGACAGCAAGCGGCAUUAACAUCAGUCGCAAUAACGGCAGCACCAGUAGCAACAGCAGCAGAACCCCGAGACUUCCACCGCGGCCCUGGCCAGACAAGGGACUCAGGCGUCCCGGAGCACAACCUUUCGGACAAUCAAGAAUUCAGCGGAAGAGUCGGUCGCUCGUCGGCCAAUCACCGACUGCCGCUCCCACUUUGUCACCGCUGCGAGAGAAUCGUGCUCCAAAGGCACAGCUGGACCCGCGAACCAGGCAUUUCGAUACACUUCCACUGUCGCCAGGCUUUCUGCAGAUGGCAACCUCACAGCUGGAAGCGCAAGCGGCCCACGAUCCAAGAGGGAAAAAGGGAAAAGUAACGUUCCAACCGACGCACAUCCAAUCGCUCUCCAUUCAGCACUUCCUGCUGGCCCCGUCGGGCGGCGCCUCGUUCGGCAAGGAACGCGCAGAGCCUUUCCUCUUCAAGGAAGCCGGCAGCGAGACAGUGCUAGCAGCCGAGACGGGAAGCGGAAAGACGUGGGCAUUCCUCCUUCCGCUCUUACAGCGGCUCAAGGAUACAGAGGGGCAGUCCGCUCCGGAGCCGGUACUGGGCCAGGAGCUGCUUGUACGACCGCGAGCCAUCCUCCUCGCCCCGACGCACGAGCUGGCACGUCAGCUCGCUUCAGCUGCUAAAUCCCUUUGCCACAUCGAGAAGCUGCGCGUUCUCUGUCUGAGCAGCGGCGGUUGGCUCGAAGCGCUCGAACAGGACAUUGAUAGGAUGAAAGUAGCAGCAGCAUCGCCGCAGCGCUCUUCUCACCCGCAGUCCGCUUGGCCCGUGCGCGGCAUCGACCUGCUUAUCUCCACUCCGAACCGCCUCCUCGACGUCUGUAAGAGUAUGCAAGAGCGGCAGGCGGAUAAGGCGAGCCGUGAGGCGCAGGACGCACCGCCUGGCCGCAUGGACCCGCAGGAUAAGCCGCAGCUCGUCGCGCUGGACGCUGUGCGCGCAGCCGUCGUCGACGAGUCGGACGCGCUGCUGGACCGCGACUUUGCGCCUGCGACGACCAGCGUCCUUCGCCGCGUGCACACCGACCGGCUCGCUGGAUCCGCCGUGUGCCACGCUCCGCCGCCGCCGCCCGCAGACCUCGUGUUCGUCACGGCGUCCAUCUCUGCGGCGCUGUCGCAGCACCUCAACACGUACCACCCACGCGCGCACAUGCUCCUCUCGCCCGGCCUGCACCGCCUGCCGCGCACGCUCGCGACGGCAUACGUCGACCCCGGUGGUUCGAGGCAUCGCGCACUCGCCAGACACGUUGCCGAGGCCCUGGCGGCUGACGCCGAGGGCAGGAAUAAGGUGCUCGUCUUUGUCGAGAAGAAAAGGACCGUCACGAUUCUGGCAGAGUUCCUGAAGAGCCAGGGUGUCGACAACGUCGCGUUGACCGGUGAAAGCAAGACGCGCAGCAUGCGCUCCAAUGCUCAUCUCGCUGGCUUUCUCACUUCCACCCGGGGAAGCACACCCGCAAGCGCUGCCGAUGUGCCGUCCAGCAGCAGCAGCCCGCGUGUACUCGUAACCACGUCCCUACUUUCGCGCGGCCUCGACUUUGACUCGAGCGUCUCGCACAUCUUCAUACCAGAUGCCAAGAGCGCAUCGGCGUCCGCGGCGGGCACCGCGCCGCGCCGUGCGGCGAGGCAGGAGCUGAGCGCGCUCGAGCUGCUGCACCGUGCGGGCCGCGGUGCACGUGCUGGCCGCAACGCAACCCUCGUGCUUUUCGACAAGGACGCAACGCCCCAAGGCAGGCGCGUGCUUAAGAACCGCAAAGGCAAGACCGUCGGCCGCGUCAUUGGCCGCCUCGAAAGGAUCGUCAAGCCGCUCAGCGCGCGCCCUUGA